AGAUCUGGCUCAAGCGCCUGGGCGGCGCCGCAGAUCGGCGCCCUGCCGCGAGCCUCGCGCCUGGCACUUCCUCGUCCCGGCGCAGGGCCAUGGCCGACUCCGGGAGGUCGUCGUUGGUGUCCGGUUCGCUCGAGCAGGUGUGCUGGAGGUCCUCGCAAGCGAACUCCGAGCCAGACAUCGCCGCUGAGCGGCUCUGGUGGUCGGAGGCGCUGCUGGGGGGGAUCCAGAAGAUACUGGCGGAGCAGACGAAGCAGCUGCGUGCCGCAUAUGCCGGCGUGGCGGAGGAGGCUCAGAAGCAGCACUCCAUGACGGCGCAGGUGCAGAGAUUACUGGCGGAACACACGCGGCAGCUGAGGGGCUGCGUCGAGGAGGAGAUCCAGAAGCAGACGCGGGAGCUGCAGGCCCCCCUCGCGGCGCUGGCCUCGGCGGGGCGCGCCGCGCCCACCCCGGUUCACGAGGCCGCGCCGCAAGGCCGCCUGGAGGAGCUGCUGGAGCGCGAGGCGGAGGAGCGGCGCGCGGGGGAGGCAGGCCUGCGCGAGAUGGUCCAGCAGCAGGGGGGGGCUCUGGCCCGGAUCGAGGCGCUCUUCGAGCCGCCCGGCGAGGCCAGCGAGCCAGGGGCUCCACUGCCGGAGAUCCAGAUCGCCGUGGAGGGCGACUGCCAUCCCGCAGUGACGCCUACCCGGACCACCAGCCCGUUCGAAAUGAGGCUGGUGGCUCCUCCACCCCCUCGAAGCCAGUUGCUACUCCAUCAGGGCCGUUCUUGUCGCGCCCUCUGCACGGACGUGUGCAGCAGUCGCAGCUUCGGUGUGUGCAUCGCGUGCGUGAUUUUAGCAAACAGCGUGUACCUAGGGUUUGAGGCGAACGCGAUCAUGAUCUCUCCCAGCUUCGCUUUGCCAGAAAGUAUUUCAUGGCGACUCGCCAACGGGUUCUUUGCCUUGGCGUUUCUAGCAGAACUUUCGAUUCGCUUCAUCGCCGAUGGUACCAAAUUCCUCGUACCCCGUAAUCGGGAUGUUCUCUGGAAUUGGAUGGACACGUUGCUUAUCCUGGUCACUGUUGCCGAGGAGUUCCUCAGAUAUUUCUCAGUAGACGUGAUAACCUUUGGUUUUCUGCGUCUAACUCGCCUUCUCAGGGUGACUCGGAUGAUGCGCGCGUUCAGGGUAGCCCGCGAAUUUAAGGAGUUGGAGAUAAUGAUUACUGGGCUUCUAAAUUGCGCGAGACCUCUUUUCUGGGCUGGGGUGUUGCUGUUGUGUUUGACUUACAUGAUGGGGAUUCUCAUAGCUCAGCUCAUCACAGAGUACUUGCGUGCAGUCCAAGAUAAGGAAAUCGAUGAAGAGGACCUGAAAGCGAUGAACUACAUCGCAAAGAACUUUUCGAACUUAUGGGAGAGCAUGUACUCGCUAUUCGAGGCCCUCACAGGUGGGCGGGACUGGGGUGAUGUUGCAGGUCCAUUCAGGCACAUACACUGGAUAUUGGUGUGCUGUCUUAUUCUGUACAUUGUCGUCGGGGUUUUCUGCAUUCUCAAUUUGUUGACCGCCGUCUUCUUGGAGGCAGCAAAUCGAAUAGACGACGUGCAGGAGCUCGUCUACAAGAAGAAGGAUUGGGUGGCCGAGACCAGCGAAUUCUUCCUGACUGCUAUAAAGAACAUCAGCCACACGCCGCACUCCCUGGCCUCAUCGGAUGAAAACAGGAUGAUCACGGAGGAUGCUUUCAUCGAGUUGCUGAGCACACAAAAGAACGUGAAAUUCUUGGAGGAAAACGGGGUGGACCUGUUCUUUAGAAGCCACACCGGCUUGAGGGAGUUAUUCCGCAUCAUGGACGAGGACGGCAACGGCGCCCUCGACGUGAACGAGUUUGUAGCUUGCCUCUACAAUCUCAAGGGGACCGCCACCUCUCUGGACUUGAAGUUGGAGCAUCAAAAGUUGUCGGGAUUGGUCCGUUCGCUGUACGAGCAGCUGCAGACCGUGCAGCCGAUCAUCCCCCGCAGCUCUUCCCCAAGGCUGCGAGCGUGCACGAGCCCAAGGGCACGCACCAUCUCAGGGCAGUAACUAAGAACCCCGAACAGGAACAUCCGCGUCGCCAGUACAUCCAAAUUCGACCCGUGUGCCUCUACACGCCGUGGCCGCGGCCCCCGGCCGCUGUGCCGCGCUCCUGCGGGGGAGCCGAAACAAACCCGCCUACCCUUAAGUCGGGCCUGUCCCCCUACAGGGGGAUUUUCGACUAAAAAAUGACCCUGGCAAAGCAACCUAGCAGCGAUGUGUAGGAGCAUAUCUGGAAGCAUUCCCCUUAAGAUUCAGAUGAGAAUCCAGUUGUAGAAUUCUGCCGUUCUCGCAGUCGUAGUCGCAUUCGCGAUGACAGUCGCAGUGGCAACGGCAGUC